AUGUCGGAUGACAGGAUGUUGGGAAACUUGACUCUUUGGUCAGCGACGCCAAUGUUCCCGCCAGAGAACUCCUCCUUUAACUCCUCCCUCCCUCCGUCAUUCACGGACUGGGAGGCACCCACCUUCACCGCCGCUGCCCGCGUCCGCGUGGCCGCCACCAUGGUCCUCUUCGUGUUCGCUGCCUUCUCCAACCUCUCCGUGCUGAUCAGCGUGGCACGGGGCCGCGGGCGCCGCCUGGCCGCCCAUCUCCGGCCACUCAUUGCCAGCCUGGCCUCUGCAGACCUGGUGAUGACGUUCGUGGUAAUGCCGCUGGACGCGGUGUGGAACGUCACCGUGCAGUGGUAUGCCGGUGAUACCAUGUGCAAGCUUCUGUGCUUCCUCAAACUGUUUGCCAUGCACUCGUCUGCCUUCAUCCUGGUGGUGGUCAGCCUGGACCGCCACCAUGCUAUCCUGCACCCGUUGGACACGCUGGACGCUGGGCGAAGGAACAAGAGGAUGCUGCUCGUUGCCUGGGUCCUCAGCCUGCUCCUGGCCUCCCCACAGCUGUUCAUUUUUCGAGCAAUCAAAGCCGAGGGAGUGGAAUUCACUCAGUGUGUGACGCAUGGAAGCUUCCACCAUCGCUGGCAAGAGACGGUCUACAACAUGUUCCACUUUGUCACGCUUUAUGUGUUCCCCCUGUUAGUAAUGAGCUUCUGCUACACCCGCAUCCUCAUCGAGAUCAGCCGUCAGAUGCACAAGGGCAAAGGUGGGGAGCCGUGCCUGAGGCGAAGUGGUGCUGACAUGAUCCCCAAGGCGCGAAUGAAGACCCUGAAGAUGACCAUUGUGAUCGUGGUGUCCUUCGUGAUUUGCUGGACGCCAUACUACCUCCUAGGCAUCUGGUACUGGUUCCAGCCAGCCAUGCUCCAGGAGACACCCGAGUACGUCCACCACGCCCUUUUCGUCUUCGGCAACCUUAACACAUGUUGCGACCCAGUGAUCUAUGGCUUCUACACGCCCUCCUUCCGGGCCGAUCUGGCUGAUGUGGUCGCCUGCUGCUGCCGAUCGCAGAACAUCUCCCCGAGGUCCUUGGACCGCCUGGCGUGCCGGAGGGGCAGGGCAAGCAGAGAGGCAGAGUCUGACAAUCCCAGUGGCGACCAGCCAAGUGGAAACCUGGGGUAG